AUGAGCUCCAAUGAACAGACGGCCGUUGAAGAAGUAGGCGUGGACUCCGAGGAUGGGGAGGCCACUGAAGUCUGCCUGGAGGGCCCAAGCUCACUGCGGAAUCUCGACCUGAGCCAUGAUGUGGGAUCUUCACAGAGUAGCGUAAGUGAGGAUGACAUCGAGACUGAGGGCAACUCAGACCUUGAGUCAGGGUCCAAGCUACCGGUGCAGGAUCACAGCGAGCAGUCUGUCUCCUCAGACAGCGACAAAGAAGACUUGAAGGCUUGCUUGCCUCUUGUCAACGACGACGAUGGGGUUGAGGAAAUGGUGCAGCAGCCAACCGACCAGAUACGCCAAAGUGUUAGAAGCCGCUCCUCCUCAAAAAGCUGUACCGCCCAACAGUCUACCCCUUGGGCAGGUGCAGAGGCAGACCGCAGCAGGAAAGGCAGGCUGGGCAAGAGAUUGGUAGACGUGAAGCAGGCCUCUGGGGCCCCUGUCCACCACAGGGGGGCCAAAGGAGGCAGGGCGCGCAGGACAAAAAAGAAAAAGAAAAUCAUCAAGAGUAAGAAAGCAGCCCCUGCGGACAUCCCAGAACCAUCUCCCGACCCUGACUCGGAUGAAGAGAAUGAGGUACAAGUGAUGAGGGUGAGCAUUUGCUUCAAGAACGGAGGGCAGAUCAUAUCCAGUAAUGCUAUGGAUCCGGGAAAUAAAAUCAAAAGAGAGGAUGUUCGACCCAGGGGCAAUUUUCAUCAUAUGACUGGCUCUCUGCAGGUGGGUGCUCCCAGGAGCCAUGCAUUGGGCAUGGGAAAGCUAGGAGGCUCUUGUUCUAACAGAAAAGCAGCUGCAUCCAGAGGCAAGGAACCAAGCAAGCCCCGUUUCCCAGGAGCUGCUGCGGGUGGGCUAAUGAAGGCCAGUUCUAAGAAAAAGUCAGUCCAGGAGAAGAAAGCCCUACAGGAUGCCCCAAGAUUCACCGGGCGAAGACCUGUCCCACAGUGUGGACAGAGACCAAAGGCAGCUCCUGGGGAAACAGCCACCUUUCCUCCAAUAACCUGCGUCUCCACACUUGAGAGUUCUAAAAAGCACUGCGCAACACCUCUAGAAGCCAGCGAGCCUGCACAUGGGCCAUCCAGAAAGAAAGCAACAGCAAAGAAUACGAGGGAGGCCCUGCCAGCAGCCAGGGCAGACAGAGGCCUUGUGUAUAAAGAUACCGUGAAGAAUUUGGCAGCGAUGACUCCAACACCAGAGUCCUGCAAGAUCAAGGAAAAUCCCCGUGCCCGACUUCCAACACGCAGGGCAGUGCGACCUUUCACGUGCAUGCAUCGUGGAGAAAUGAGCAGUGGAGACACCAACCUCCGAGCACCCCAAGUUUCAGCAAAUUCCCAGCUCGUAGCCCUGAAGUGGAGAGGCACCAGCGCCAGAACACCUGCGCCCACUGGUGACCAAGAACCAUCUGUGGUCUCCCCACUCCCUGCUGGGGAGAAGCAGAAUCAAGUACCAGGGACACUGGGGUGUCAACAGGAGGACAGCAAGAAGGGCAGUCUCCUGUCUGGGCAUGAUGGUGUCCCUGUGGCCAUCAGUCAGAGCAAGCAGCACAACAAUGGCAGCCUUGGAACCCCUGUUUGCCACUGUCCCCAGCCGUCCCCUGCUCCCUGGCUUUCCUGGGGUCAUCUGACUUUGAAAGCUCCUCUGACUUUCCAGAGAAUCACUGUCUUCCACUUGCAGAUGAAUGCUUGUUUAGAAGGAAAGGUGUUUAAGGUGGAAAUGUCUUGUUCUAAAGGAGAACUAAACACCAUUUAUGGUGGUUUGAAUAAGAAUGGUCCCCAUAGACUCAUGCGCUUGAAUGCUUGA